CGGCCCUGCCCGUCCCUCUCUAGACACAGAGUCAGCGUCCCGUUCCAAGCACCGCGUUCGUCCUUCAGCAGACCACGCCCUCCAUCGCCAAUCCAUCUUUGGCUCCGAUGCAGAGCUCGUCGACCUCGACAUCACCCCCAGCUAUCUCGGCCAUGGCUCUCUGCGUGGGAUGAAGGGCAUCGACGCCACCCAUCCGCGCCCCAUGCGCCGCCAGCCUGUCAGGAUGGACGGAGAUGGGCCUUGGACUGUUAGUGUCGCGGAGAACCCCAAUGAUACCAACUCGUUCAGUAUCUAUAUCAAGACCCCCACGCACAACCUGACCCUUAUGCGCACGGCACACGAGGUCAUCGACCUCCACGGAAAGCUCGACGACCUCGACUCAGAUGCCCACCCCCGUCUCCCUCCGCUGCCCCUCGACGUGUCCACCAUGACGCCCGUGAGCAAAACGAAGCGCAAAUCCAACUUCCUCAACACCAUCUCGCGCCUCGCCUCCCCCUCGGUCAACAAGGACAAGGAGCGGGAACGCCAACGCGAGGAGCGCGACAAGGAGAAAGACAAGGAGAACCACCGCGGCAAGCUCUCGCGCGCGCCCUCGCACCGCGCCACCCCCACCCCCACCCCGUCGCACGAGCACCCAGACCCGUUCGUGGCAGCCGCCACCGCGACCCUCGCCGCUAGUGCCAACGGCGGCGCGCCCAACGCGGUUACGGGGCUUGCGUCGUACCUCACGUCUGUCUCGAACGACCAGGUGUUUCGCCAGAGUCGUGUGUGGAAGCGCUUUGUGCAUGUGCGCCGGGACGACCUCGAGUCGGUGCGCGUCGAGCGUGCGAUCAAGCGCGUGCGCUCCGAUCUUGCGGCGCAUGUGAGCCCCAAGCUGGCUCCGCCUCUCCCGAGCCAUUCGCCGAGCGAGGUCAGUGAUGCCGAGGGCGAGGCGGACGCUGAAGAUUCCGAGGCUGGGCAGCCGGAAGGCAUUAAGGAGGAGGCCGAGGCCGAAGCGGAGGCGGAGCAGACCGAGGGCGAGGUCGAGAGCACCGCUGUUGAUAGCGAGGCGCAGAGCCAGAUUGGGGACGGGCAUGAGGAGAUCAAGCCUGUCCCGCCAACGCCGAUCGACACGGCCCAGCUGCAUGGCGAUGAGGCGCUCUCAACCCCGACGGCGGAGUCAGCAAACGUGGCAUCCCGCAUCCCGCGCUCGCAGUCCGCAGACCCAUCGAGCCGUCUCUCACGGGCUUAUACCUCCUCGACGCUCCAAGACGGCGCGAGCACGUCAGCGACGAAUACUGGUGACGAAGACGCUUCAUCCAUCUCUACGGAAGACCAGGCACGGCGACGACGUAAGAAGUCGCGCGUGCGCAAGCAGAAGUCGAGCCCGAAGCUGUCGCAGCGCAAGGUCGUGAUUGACGACUUUGAGAUGAUGCGUGUGCUCGGCAAGGGCUGCGCGGGCAAGGUCUUGCUCGUGAGGCACAAGAACCACGGCGAGCUGUACGCGCUCAAAGCGAUCACGAAGCGGCAUGUGCUAGCGCACCAGGAGCUGCAGCACACCCUAACGGAACAGGCGGUGCUCAAGCGCAUGGCGGCGGAGAGCAGGGACCCGUUCGUGGUGAAGCUGUGGUGGAGUUUCCAUGAUAAGGAGAACUUGUUUUUGGUCAUGGACUUCCACCCCGGCGGAGACCUUGCCACGCAGCUCGCGCGCUGGGGCCGCCUCGGCAGGGACCGCGCGCGGUUUUACGCGGCAGAGAUCGUCGAGGGCGUCGAGGGCCUGCACGCGGCGGGCGUCAUCUACCGCGACCUGAAGCCGGAGAACAUCCUCAUCGCGGCGGACGGGCACAUCGUGCUGACCGACUUUGGCCUCUCGAAGGAGUUCCCGCGCAAGACGAGCACACUUACCGCGCCGUCGACGCCCUCGGGCACGCGCAGUAAUGGCAUGGACUACGUCGGAGGCGGCAGCGGCUCGCCGUCGCCCUCUGCCGUGUCCACGCCUACCACUGCCAACGGUGCCAAUGGCAGCGCCAACGGCGCGAGCGAGCCCGUGACGCCGCCGUGGAUGCACGGCGAGGGCGAGCUGCGCGGUGUCGGGCCGGCGGACACGACGAGCACGUUCUGCGGGACGGCAGAGUACCUGGCGCCGGAGGUGAUCCAAGGCUUGCCGUACAGCUACGAGGUGGACUGGUGGAGCUUCGGGACGAUGCUGUACGAGAUGCUGACGGGGAUCACACCGUUCUGGGCGAACAACCACUCGGAUAUGUAUGUGCGGGUGUUGCAGGACGAGUUGACGUUCCCCGAUGAUCGGGCGAUGGAUCAGGAUACGAAGAGUUUGAUUCGGGGGUUGUUGCAGAGGAACCCGGCGCUGCGGAUGUGCGAACCGAGGAUUAAGAAGCACCCAUAUUUCUCGAUGAUAGACUGGAGUCACGUAUACUAUAAACGUUACAUACCCCCAUAUAUCCCUCCCAUCGACCCCUCGAACGCCAGCGAUACCCAGAACUUCGACGAUACCUUCCUUGACAUGGAGCCUAUUAUCGACGACCCCACCGAGGGCCUGGAGGAUGGUCAGACGGACACGGACCAGGAUCAGAGUGCCACUGAUGGUGAAGACAGCGCGACGACACCGUCGCACUCGCGGAGCCCAUCCGUGCAUGCUACCGACGACGGGAAAGACGUGUUCGACGGGUACUCGUUCAAGGGCCGGCAUUCUGUCAUUAUAGAUGACGAGGAAGACGAUGGUAGCGAUGAGGAUGAGGAAGAUGAGGAUGACGAGAUAGUUGGAGAAGAUGAGGAUGAAGAACUGCCGGACGUUAUCAAGAAUGCGACGGUGGACGGCGAGGAGGUCGUGAUCCAGCCGUCUCCCAUUGACAGGCUGCCUGUGGUGGAGGACGAUGAAGUCGAGCAGGAGAGCCGGACACCCGAGGCACGGACGACGGGUUUGCCGGCCGAGGCUGUUAUCUACAUCGAGGCGUCGCCCAAGGCUGUCAAUGCCCCGUUGCCACCUUCGCCUGUUGUCACGCCUCGUUUGGAGCGUCCCAGACCACAAACGCCGACGUCAGCCAACGAGGUCGCGCCCGCACCACCGCCGAAGGACAAGGAUGUCAAACCCGCCAAGGGCGCGAAGCCCUCUGGCGCUCGUCAUCCUCAUCGCAACUCGACGCGGCCAAGGCGGGAGAAGUCUGGCGUGGCCGUAUUCGAUCAGGAGCUGUCGGACGGCGGCGACGAGGAACUGGGCAUGAGCCGAAGUACUGUGGAUGACGAGGACGACGAUUGGGACUUCAUCGAGGCCGUUGACGGCGAGGAUCGCAACGGUGCCAAGGGCACGAGCCUAUUUGCGCGUGGCGUCGUCGACCGGUACCGUCUGGCCGUCUGGCGCAAGGCGUCGACGCCCACGCAGCGGGGCGGCGCCGGUGUCAGUGGGCGCUCAACGUCGGGCUUGUCGUCAGCAAGGGAGAGCGAUAUCGAGGGCGGGUCUGAGAUAGGGAGCACGUUGAUCGGGGACUCGCCGAGUCCGUCGGAGAAGAGGCGUGGGCGUACGCCCGGCGCGCUCAAGUUCCGGAGGAACACGAAGGGUCUGCUGAACGGCGGAGCACGCAGCACUAAGUCGUCAACGACGGGGGCGUCAAACGUUUCGACGCCGACGCGUGGGCCGCCGCCGUCGUCGUUUGCGGGGGCUGCGAACGUGAAGAAGCGUAACACGCUAACGCGCUCGACGUCUGCAUCGACGGCCAAGACGCACGCCGCUGCGAAGCCGGUGGCAAAAGGUUCUUCAGCGCACGGAUCGAGCACGCUGGGCUCGAGCGCGAGCGCGUUGGCGUCUGCGUCGAGCAUGGGUGCAUUGUCGUCGUCGAUGGCGCCGAGCCUCAAGUCGAAGCAGUCUGCGGUGUCGGUGGGGGCGCGGAGCAUGUCCUCGGACCAGUCGAAUGGCAACGGCAUCAACGGCACUGGCGUCAAUGGAGAGCUGGGCACGCCGGAGCUGUCGACACCUGGACCGAGCGUACCGACGUCGCCGUCGCAGGAGGAGCCGGAGAAGCUAAAGAACAAGAAGCUGAAGAAGUACAAGGAGAACGCGGAGAAGGUGUUCUCGUCGAUGUUUGCAUCGCCUCGGUGAACCGCUGUCUCGAUGUCUUCCCUUCAUGCCUCGUGUUACGACGUUACGACUGAUCCUAUAGUAUUGCUCUCGCCACGCUCUGCCCUUUUGACCGUCCUUCGUUAGAUUAUUCCCUGCCCUCCGAUCAUAGCAGCUCACGUUUGGCUCUCCGAGCGUCGCCGCUCUCCACAAAGAAGUCCAGAUCAAGCGAAAUCAAAACUUGUACGCUUUAUAUAUCCGAAGGGUUUUUUCUUUUCUUUCAUGCAUUCGUUUACUUGCGGUUUCCCUUGCUGUUGGAAGUUUACCACUCACACAAUCGUUUUUUGACUCGUCUCUUACGCCUACUGGUAUUAUCCACUUACUCACCCUCCCUCCUUAUCCCGUUUCUACCUUACGACUCUUGAUCUCUCGCUCGCCCGUUUCUUCUCUACUCGCUUUAUACACUAGCUUCGCAGCGGGUGAUAACUCGUCUCUCUUAUGCUCACUUUGGAUUGGAUCGACCGAAACUUUUACAGAAUCUCUUAUCUAGCGGACUCAUGGUGUUUCUCCUCUUUCCUUUCACUCCAGUUUUUCUUCGCUGUCUUCCUACUACCCUUUAAUCCAUCCUUGACGUCUAUUCUUGCGUUUGCAUCGUCUCUCACUUGUCAGCCUCGCUGUCUAACUGAUGUGGG